AUGGACUUUGUGGAACUUCCAGAUGGUGUUGAACCUGAAGAAGUUCCAGACUUAGGCGUUCGGGAUUAUGACAAUGGAGAUUUCAGCACGUACCCUCAGAGACAAGGAUGGAAUCUGCGCGCUUUACUUGAUUAUGAUAUCACAGCAGCAUAUGAUUCGUGGGAUGAAGCAAGCCAGAACUUUGGACCAGCGCUCUUCGGGGCAUUCAACGGUUUAAAUCUCGAUGCUCUGGAGGGCCGUGACUUUCGGUCGGCCGUCAAAGCCGUUGCAAGGAAUAUGCUGUUGUCAGUGGUUGGUAGCUUCAUCCAAACUUGGAUUAUGCUCGGUACCUUGAGUGUGGCUUUGAGACGACCAGUCUCUAGGGAUGAGGUUAUCGAAGUCAAAGAGACUAUCGAAGAGAAUGGUGAGAAGACGGAACGCUCUUGUAUCAGCUUGCGAGCGGCGUUUGCGGAGUGCGUUGUCAACUUUCGAGAUCAUCUAGAAGCGGACUCGGAUUGGAGUGCAGACGUGCUUCGGUCACUCCGGAUCGGGAUCACCUUUCUCGAUGACAUGGCUAAAAUUCCUGCUCCACAGCGGUACUGCCUUCUCCCUCGAUCAGUUGAAUUGAGCUUGCUUGUCCUCCUCUCUACCAUCGACCUUCACCAAUCGUUUCAUAGUCGGCGAAAACUUCGAGCCAACAUGUAUUCUUGCGAAUCAUUGGAGCAAGAGAUGAAGAACCAGCGAAAGUGGUGCCCACACGUACUUUACAGGCUUCGAGCCCUAGGAGGGGCACAGAGCCUCUAUUACACAGCUCUGUUGCCCAGCUUCGCAGUCGGCGGAGCACAUGAAAAUUGUGACGAGGGUAUCUGUGUUGCGUUCAACAUCGACCAUGGUACAUACCGGACGAUACAUUUAGAGGGUUGCGGCGACAAAAAUCAGCAUUAUAUCUGCCAAGAUGUGCGUGUAUCAGAGCGUGAUCUUGGCCUGAUGCUUGAGGCUGGAGGGUACCCUCUUGUUUGCCUCGAGCAAGGACGCCUGAAGCUUGUUCGAUAUGAGCCGGGAAUACAGUACGUGGCGAUUUCUCAUGUUUGGUCAGAUGGCAGGGGAAAUCCGAGACAGAACGCUUUACCCUUAUGCCAGCUAAGGACAAUUCAACGAUGGGUCUCAAACUCGGCACAUAAGGGCACGUUCUUCUGGAUUGACACUUUAUGCGUACCCAUAAAGGAACCACACAGAAAUACAGCAAUUAUGCGCAUGGCUCAGACAUACGAAGCGGCAAGUCACGUUAUUGUCCUCUCGGAAGAACUCCUGAUGCACAAUCUGCCAGCAUCACCAUUGCAGGCCCUGUAUAUGAUUUUCUACAGAGGCAAUACUAGCCAGAAGGCUACUCUUCCAGUUUCGAAACCAGGCAAUCACUUUCUCAACGCUAAGUGA